AAUGCUAUACUGCACUGUAAUCUAUUGUAUGUGGAAUGCAGGUGGAUUCUAAGACCGAGCAUGAUGAUGAUGGAGAAGUGGUAUUCCUCACAGUAGUGAUUGUCUCAGCCACCAUCUUUGUCUCUGUGUGAGGUAGCAAUGAGCCUGGGGACGAGGUUACGAUAUGACUAUGAUGACCAUUAUGCUAAUAGUGAUGGAAACCAUAUUGGAAACGACGGUGACUACAACAAUGAUGAUGAUGAUGAUGAUACUGGACAGGUUUUACAGGUUGUAGACCAGCUGCAGCCAAUCUGGUGUCAGCUCUGCCUCAGCCAGUAGCACGGUGAGCGGCAGGCCAGCCACUAACAGAGCAGCCAUUCCCUGGGUCUUGAUGACUUCCAGAUGACAGCCCAGACAGCCUGGCCCGAGAGAACUCAGCACUCAGUCACAGACAGAGAGAGAGGGGGGAGGCAGAGAUAGGGUAGGGGAGGAGAGAGAGAAACAGACAGACAAAGGAAAGGAUGAAGCAGUUGCAUGUGAAGUGGUUUAGCAGUGCUCCAGUCAGCGUUCUUACCUCAUUCUCCUGAUGGUUGUUGGUACACAACUCUCUCCAGCUGGGGCCUAGCUGGCUGCUGUGAUUAGCUGGUAACUGAUCCACAUUCAGAUCCCAUUGAGACAGACAGACGACAGGGCAGUGUCAGUGUGUGUGCGCUGGGCCGAGAGUCAGCAUGAUGCAUCGUUGGGGUCUACUCAUCACUGUGUUCUACUGCCAGCUGUUCCUGUCUGCUGCUCAACACUGGAGGAAAGCCCUUUACCCAUCAGCCUUAAGAGUGAAGCGUGGCACACACUCAUUGGUCAACCCCACCUUCCAGAACUCUGUGGAAGAUGUUAACCUGCUGUUUGAGAUCCUGCUGGCAGGCCUGCAGAUCGAGGGUGAGGACAAGCCCUUCGUGAUCCCAGACAAGGAGCUGGCGUCUCUGAGGUCGGUCCAAAAGCUGGAGGUUAUCUGUGAGGACGUCCUGCCCAAGAGACUAUCCGAGAUCAGACGUCUGACCUCCCACCUGUCCCAGCGCAGAGGUGCCCUGAGCAGGGAGGACUUUGAGCGCACAGUGCUCACUAUGGUGUACACUGCCCAGACUCUGGCUCAUACCACCUCCCAACACCAGAAGGCGCUGUGGGGAGACGCCCUGCUGCAGCUGUUCAGUGCCAUACAAGAAGAUCUGACGCCCCCACCCAGGACACCUCAGCACUAGUGUUAUGGACAUGUGGACACAUUAUUUUAGAUAAUAUAAUAUACUGAUUAUUUUAUACUGUAACACAAGAGAAUUUGAAGGAUGUUUUAUAUUGUAUUCUGUUGUAUUGUAUUAUCAAAAUGACUGUUCUGAUAAUGUAAUAUGUUUGAUUAUGAUAAAAUGUUAUGAUCUAAUCAUAUUGCAAGGAGGAUGUGGGAAAAGGAGGGAUGUGAACUAUAUCUUGUUCAUGUUCUAUCUAUUGGAUUCCGCCUUGUUCCAGGACUUCAGAUGUAAACAAACAUUUUAAAUAUUUUAUCAGUCACUCUGUCAUCAUGAUUCAUUACAGGUCUUUAUCAAAUCUUCUGUCAUAAUCUUCUCAGCUGCUUAUCACAAUCACAUAAUCUUUCCCCAGCACCGUCCUAUGGCAAAAAGGAGCUUCCGAUGAAGACAGGGGUAUCAAUUUGCUCAGCUUAUUUCUCUGUAAUUGAUAUUAUAAUAAAAUAAUGAUCGAUAUUUUUAA